AUAGUAAGCUUUUUACUGUCUUAAUGAUGAGCGGCAAGUGGCAGGUCGAGCUUAAACCUGUCGGCUGGUGUCGGAACUGAGCUAGGAUACGCUCAAACGGAGAAUGGAUUCACCAAGCCGGCCUCCCCUAUUAUGUUCAGCAGCGGCGCGGCGCCUGCAGGUGCUAUAUGGGUGCUCAUCGGUGUCACCGGACACAACAGUCCAGCUCCCCGGCCGAGGCCAUACCGGGACGGGGCCGCGCGGUGAAGGCACCGCUGCGCUUUCCCCGCCACCUCAGCCUCAAGCACUGCUGCUGUCUAUGGUGGCGAUCGGGACUCGCGUGAAGGUCCACCCGCUUCCUGCGUCACCACCGCACCAAGAGGACGCCGAGCACGCAGCACCGUACACGCUUCCUCCUGCGCACGAACCCUGGCUGGCUGUCGGGCUGCAAGUUGCGCGGCAGCUGCAGGUCGGGCACGGCGGCUGGGUGCUAGCUCGCUCAGGCGAGGGGCUUGCCCCAGCAAGCACCGCCUCAGCCGCCUGGACGGCGUCAUCCGCGACUGCCGGCUGCGAGCGGGCAGCCGUGGCGCAGUUGCUUGUGCUGUACCAACCAGCCAAUGCCGUAGCUGUUGCAGCUAUUGCUGCAAAGCCCAGCGAUCCAACAGCAUCCUCGACGAGCGCGCCUGUGGCGUCGGGUGACGGGCUGCCGCCCACCCUUUCUCCGCUGCUGGCCUUCAAUCUGGCAGUGCCGUACACCGUACAGCCGCUGCUGCAGCCGUCGGGCUCGUGCUCAAAAGCCCUCGGCUCCGGUGGUGCGGCUGCGGCGCCGUUGCUGGGCCUGGAGCUUGCGGCACCGCUUCGCGUGGUGCCACUGGCGGUGGCUGUGGCGGACCUGGCGCUGCAUGCCUCCACCGUACUGGCAGCCCUCACCUCCUCGGCCACAACCGCGGCAGCUCUCGCCGCCGUCAGGCAGGCGGGCAGCGGCGAGCCUGCGGCACCUGUGGCUGGCUCGGUGCAGCUGUGCAAGGUAGGCGUGCCGCGUGCUGCCGCCAUGGCUCGCCUGGGUGGUGCAGGAGGGACUGCAGGAGGCGGCCAGGCCGAGGGCGAGUCCUCCUCGGCGCCAGCGCCUGCCUCCUCAUCAACAGGAGCCGACGGCGGGGCUGCGGGUGUGGCAGACCCAGCAUUAGCGCUGCUUUCAGAAGGCGAUGCGCACGGCGGAGGAGGUGGCGCGGGAGACGGGGUGGACGGGGCUGACGGCGGCAGUGGCGCCAGCACGGUGAGCCGGGACUCAGUGGCGUUGGCGCUGCAGCGCUAUUUCAGGAAUACUGAGCGGUACGUGAGCGCCGGUGACGUGCUGGCAGUGCCCCUGCUGGCCGCCACCAAUGCCGGCGGUCUGGCCAAGGAGGCGCGGCCACACCAGCAGCAGGGGGCGAGGGCAGGGCCCCGACGGCUGGUGUACUUCAAGGUGACAGAGGUGUCCGCCGCGGAGGAGGCGGAGGAGCAGCAGCAGGGGCGGUCGCAGCAGCUGAGCCGGGCCCCGGGCCGACUGCCACUACUGGUCAGCCCGGAGCAGACGCUGCUUGCUCUUCAGGGUGGCCUGUGCCAGUCGGCGCUCCCAGUCGGGUGUGAGCAGUCGCCGCAGCCUGAGGCGGACUCUGCCACUGGCUCCGCCUCAGCCUCCAACUUACUGCCGCAGCUUGGCUCGGACCCGGCAGCGGUGCUAGCGUGCGUGCCGCUGCCCGGGCUGGCGGGCACACCUGGGCCGUUGCUGCCGACAUGGCGCCGCGUUGCGGAGGUGCUGGCUCCGCUGCUGCAUCCGGCCGCACUGGCUCUAGACCUGCCUGCGCCCGCGCUGCUGCUGUACGGCCCGCCAGGCAGCGGCCGCCGCACCGCCGCCCGCGCCGCCGCCGCUGCACUUGGGCUGCACUUCGUGACCGUGUCCUGCCAUGAGCUGGCGCCGCCGCCGGGCGGCUCGGAUGCGGCUGCGCAGCGUGGGGCAGCGGCGGCGCUGCGCGCAAUGCUGGAGGCAGCCGAAGCGUUUGCGCCCGCCGUGUUGCUGCUGCAGGACUUGGAGGCGCUGGUGGGGACGCGCAGCGCCGCGGACGGACCCGGCCAGCAGGGCCAGGGCGCGGGCGGCGCCGCCAGUGCCGCGCAACGCUGUGCCGAGGUGCUGGCAGAGGCGGCGACGCGCAGCGGCAGUUCGGCGGCGAGGCAAGGAAUCAUGUGGGGCGGGUCCUGCGGUGGCGCUGCUGGCAGCAGUGCGACGGGCAUUGGUGGCGGCCGCAGCACGCCGGGGACUCGGCCGCCCGGCUUCGUGGCGGUGCUGGCCACAGCGAAUGCGUUGGAGGACGUGCCGCUGCCUCUGGGCCGCUGCUUCACGCAUACACUGGCGGUGGCGGCACCCUCAUCGGAGGAGCGCCGCCUGCUGCUGCGCCACCUGCUGCGGUCAGCGGCAGCGGCAGCCGAUGCAGCAAGCGCGGCCGGCAUGCUUCCGGGCUGCGAAAUGGGUUUGGGGGACGGAGCGCUAGGGGACACCGCAGAGAGGGAGCUGGAUGCGGCUGCGGACUCGCUAACGGCGCAGACGGCGGGGCUGCUGCCGAGGGAUCUGUGUGGUUUGGCGGCGGAUGCGGCGGCAGCGGCUCUGGGCAGGGCGGCGGUGGCAGCGUUUCCGCCGGGAGUGCUGCCCGCAUGCCUCCGCGGCAAGACUGUCACCGGCAGAGCGUUGGCGGCGGCAGGUGCAAACACGCGCUCGGUUGUGGGCUCUAGCACAGCAGCAGCGCCUGCCCAUGCUUCAACAGGGGGAGCCGUGGCGGCAUUGGACCUAGACCGCGACGUCCGGGCUGCGCUGGACAGAGUCAAGUCGCGGACGGCUGUUGAGGUGGGUGCACCGACCGUUCCGAAUGUCAAGUGGGACGACAUCGGCGGUCUGGAAGAUGCCAAGCGUGUCAUUACCGACACGGUGGAGCUCCCGCUGCGACACCCGCAGCUCUUCGCCGCUGGCCUGCGACGGCGCAGCGGUGUGCUACUUUAUGGGCCACCAGGUAGCGGAAAAACGCUGCUGGCGAAAGCUGUCGCAAGCCAGUGCGCGGCGACAUUUAUGAGCGUCAAGGGUCCUGAGCUCAUCAAUAUGUACAUUGGCGAGAGUGAACGACAGGUCCGUGAGGUCUUCGCUCGGGCCCGGCGCGCUGCGCCCUGCGUGGUCUUCUUCGACGAGCUCGACUCUCUGGCGCCCGCCCGCGGCGCGUCUGGCGACUCAGGCGGCGUCAUGGACCGGGUGGUCUCACAGCUGCUGGCGGAGAUUGACGGCCUCAGCGCCGGAGGCGGAAGCGGUAACGGAGCUGGAGGCGGUGGGGCGAGCGGCACCGGCGGAGCUAGCGGCAUGAUAUUUGUGAUUGGCGCCACCAACAGGCCUGACCUGCUGGACCCCUCGCUGCUGCGUCCCGGGCGGCUGGAUGUGCUGGUGUAUGUGGGCAUUGCGGAGGACGCCGGCUCCAAGGCCAAGGUGCUGCAGGCUCUAACCCGCAAGUUCUGUCUGGCCCCUGACGUCAACCUGCCAGCUGUGGCCGCCGCCUGCCCCAUCACCCUCAGCGGUGCUGAUCUGUACGCGCUGUGUGCGGACGCCUGGAUGGGCGCCCUGCAGCGACACAUCCGCGCUGUAGAGGUACCGGAGCCGGAUGCGGCGCGGGCGGAGCAGGCUGAGGUGCAGGCGGGGUCCCAGGCGGCGGCGGCGGCGGCAGCGGCGGCAGGGAAGCCAGGAGUGGACGGAAGUGAGCCACACGACGGGCUGGUAGCUGCAGCAGGAGCGGCGGUGCCAGCAGCUGGAGCUGGGGUUGACAGUGCAGCAGAAGAUGACAUCCAAGGCAUGGGGACACUGGGCGCUUCCAUUCGCAAGAAGAGGGCCGCUCGCGCGGCUGCGGCCGCGAAGGCGGCCGCAGCUGCUGCAGCGGCAGGGGCCGGCAGCAGCAGUGCCGACUCGCCACCUCAGCUCGCUGCCGCGGCCGCCACAGACCCAGUGCAGGCUGCAGGUGCCAUCAGCACCGAGGCCGUAGCGCCGGGCGCCAACCCUGCUGCACACGGGGCCCCUGGGCACGUGCCUGCGAUGCUGGCACCCGGCGCUGCCCUUACCGCCACGGAUACUACCCAAGCACCCUGUGUAGCCUCGGCGGAGGCUGCGGGUCCUGUUGCAACAGCCAGUUGUGGGGAGGCAUCAGCAAGCACUGGCAGAGCCGAUGCGCCUGGCGCUGGCACGGAUGCGGUGGUGGUGUGUCAGGCAGACUUCAUGGCGGCGCUUGAGGCACUGACGUCCUCGCUGAGUCGGUCGGAGCUGGCCAAGUAUGAGGCGCUGCGCCGGCAGUACGAGGGCGCUGGCACUGGGGGCACUGGUAAAAGCAGCGUCGUCGGCAGCGGUGGCAUCUUACCGAAUACAGGUGGUUAGGUGGUGGCAGCGCUGGAGGCUGCUGAGGCUGAGGAAGGCAUUCAGAGGGCGAGCGGACCUACGCUUGGGGGAAUGGUUCCGUGCGAUCGCCCAUGCAGACAGGGGACGGCGCACGGAGCCAGAAGGGAAUGCAACCCCACUUACAGUACCCAUGCUUGGCCCCGGCUCAGUUGAAACCAGGCCAAGCAGUGCAUCAAAGCGGGCAUACGGCCACAUGGUUGCGGGGACGCUGUGUGCCAACAGUGCAAGCCAUGGUCUUGAACAUAGGGGUACAAACGGGCCAGCCUGAACAGGGCCGUUGCUGUAGUCUAUGGGUAGCAUGUGCCAGCUGGCGCAUUGUACCGCAGCCGUGUCGGAAGCGCGCAGGCUUAUUGGAGAGUGGCACGCCUGGGUACGUCUGGGUGCGCCUUGUGUCGAGUUGUCGAUCCACCUUUUUCUGAAAAUUUUGCGUGUCGUAAAGCACUGAAAUGUAUCACAAAGCUCUGCUUUACUGGAUGUAAAGCGUGCUGUUGAUAUGAGUCUGCGACGGCGGGGUAUCCCAAUCCGCGCCCGUUUGCUGCGAAGUCUCUUAAUCCCUGCAACGUGAUUGCUGCAUGUUCUUCCAUCACUCUUGAUUUAACAGUCGUCUUCAAUCCCGAUGAACGCGUCGCAAGCAAGUAGGCCCGUCAGUUGACGGCAGCCAGCCCUUUGUGUAGCUCAUAAGGCCUCUGUUAGGUCACGAAACUAUCCAAGCUGAUCUAUAAAGUGUGGCAUACGGUGCAUGACAAUACUGGCACAAACGAGUCUUACC